UGUGGUUUUUACCUCACCAUGAGGAGUGAUGCAAUAUGCGGCAUACGAGUUGAGUCACACAAGGAAGAGUAUUGUUUCUUACUUGACAACUACCAGCCGUGUCUUAACACAUCAUGACAAUUCAUUUCUCAUUAGGCAUUGCCUUAUACAGCAGAAAACAUUCCAUUCCUUUUAUCUCUGAUUUAAAUAAACAACAGAAAGCCUGUUCUGCUGGUAGAAAAGAACAUCAAGUCCAGUUCCUCCAAGCUGCCUGUAGGCAUUCUUAAAAUAUGAAUAUUCACAAUUUUAUAUCACAAUUAACAUAUGUGACCCUGGACCACAAAACCAGUCUUAAGCAGCAUGGGUAUAUUUGUAGCCGUAGCCAACAAUACAUUGUAUGGGUCAAAAUUAUUGAUUUUUCUUUUAUGCCAAAAAUCAUGAGGAUAUUAAGUAAAGAUCAUGUUCCAUGGAGAUAUUUUGUAAAUUUCCUACUGUAAAUAUAUCAAAAGUUAAUUUUCGAUUAGUAAUAUGCAUUACCAAGGUGAUUUUCUCAACAUUUUGAUUUUUUGCACCUUCAGAUUAUAGAUUUUCAAAUAGUUAUAUCUUGGACAUAUAUUGUCCUGUCCUAACAAACCAUACACAUAUAAAUCUCAUUUGACCCUUAUGACUGGUUUUGUGGUUCAGGGUCACAUAUUAGUAACUAUUUUAAUGAUACUAUGACUAAUUUAGUUACUAACCAGUAUUACACAAGUAUUUUUUUUAGUAGUACGUGUGGUGCUAACAAUUAAUUUUAACUUUACUCUUCUGCCAGUGACUAUGGCUAUAAAAUAAUUAAAUUCAAAUCCUGGUGUAACAAAUGUGAUUUAUUAUUAAUAAUUUAAAUUCAGUGUCACAUAAUUCUGUAAUCCAACUCAAAAAUGUUGCAAUUUGUUAACAAUAAAAGGCCUAAUAAAAAUCAGUUUACAUCUAAAAAUAUUUAGUAAUAACUUUAAAUAGCUGCUAGUAAGUUUUAAGGAGUUGAUAUUAAAGGAUUUGUCAAAGCAAGGGUCUUCUCACGCCAUUGGGGGAAGAACUUGUAUGUGGGGGAUGGUGGUGGUCGUUAGUGCCUGACUCAUUUAUGCGAAUCGGUUCCUUCGAACAAAUCAUUUCAAAGAACCGAUACAGCGGUUCUUUAAGUAAUUACGUCAUUGCUUGGUUUCUGGCAGCCUGGCAUAGUAUUUGCGUGCUCUAAAAAUGUUCCAGUAGAUUUAAAAAAACACGUAUUUCUUUAUAUGACAUGCUAUUUUUCUUUCAAGUUUGAUCAAGGUGUUAUUUAUCAUUUUUAUAUAACCAAGUUCAGUUUGUAGCAACUAGGAUUCAGCUCAUAAACAUUUAGUAAAAAUGCUAUGCUUAAGAAAAGUCAGUUUUGUUAAAACUGUCGUACAAUCAUAUUUCUAUGAUUGUAUUUUCUGUGUCGUGAAUCGAUCCAACUGAUUCUUGAAAAAGAAUCGACUCAAUAGAACGAUUCGUUCACGAACCGGACAUCGCUAGUGGUCUUUCGUGGGCGAGUACACACACAGUGUACUCUGUUUUUAAGUAAAACAGUGUCCGUGUCCUGUAGAAUGCGUGUGUAUUUUCAUACAUUUAGUUUGUGCAUAGUUAUCGCUCUUCUGUCUUUAGUAUUUUUGUUCAGUAAACAAGAUGCUGAAAGUUUUUCGACCGGUUUAAAGCAAGUUAGGGCGCCGCUGGAACCAAAACAACGACCCACCGCGACCAAAUCACACAGACUCCGAGAUGUUGCGCACAAGGUGAAUUCACCUGGACAGCGAGAGACGUCGAUGCAGCUGGCUGUGGUGGCCUGUGGAGAGAGACACGGAGAAGCUGUCAACAUGCUCAAGACCGCAGCGGUGCUCAGCAGCCGAGGCUUGAGAUUUCACAUCUUUGCAGAGGAGCAGUUACACUCCAACAUUAAAACAGCACUGGAUUCCUGGCCCGCUUUCAUCCGAGCGAAAUUCAGCUAUGUCGUUCACCCCAUUUCAUUUCCCCAUGAGAACCAUGAAGAGUGGAGUCAGCUUUUCAAGCCGUGUGCAUCACAGAGACUCUUCUUACCGAUGAUUCUGAAGGAAGUGGACUCCUUACUUUAUGUGGACACUGAUGUCCUCUUUUUACAGCCUGUAGAGCUGAUCUGGGACAUGUUGACGCAUUUUAACUCCACACAGUUAGUAGCCAUGGCACCAGAGCACGAGGAGCCGCGGAUUGCCUGGUAUAGUCGCUUCUCCCGGCAUCCGUAUUAUGGAAAAACUGGAAUCAACUCUGGCGUCAUGCUGAUGAAUUUGACCCGGAUGCGAGUGGCACAAUUCAAGAAUGACAUGACCUCUGUUGGUCUACGUUGGGACGAGCUUCUGAUGCCUCUGUUGCAGAAAUACAAGCUUAACAUAACCUGGGGUGAUCAAGAUCUGAUAAAUAUCAUCUUCCAUUACAAUCCAGAAAUGGUAUUUACCUUGCCCUGCCACUGGAACUACCGUCCUGACCACUGCAUCUACGGCAGCAACUGCAUCCCGGCAGAGGAAGAGGGUGUUUUCAUGCUACAUGGCAACAGAGGAGUAUUUCACAGUGACAAACAGCCUGCCUUCAAGGCUGUAUAUGACGCUUUCAAACAUUACACAUUUGGAGAGGAUCUCAUAACAUCAUUUUUGUUACCACUAGAGGAGGCGCUGAAUGGAACCACUCAUACAUACUGUGGGAAAGUUAGUCAUUUCUUUACCAGAGGACUUGGAAAGUCUGUAAGGAUGAUCCAGAGAAUGACUCCAGCAGGUGGCUGAGCCGUGAUGUUGUCACUGAACAAUGACUGAAAUGUAUUCUCUGAGACUGGAUUGAACAGUCACUGCUCUUCACAUUCGAAUCUGUGCAAUGCUAUUGCUGAACGUUCAGUUCGAUGAAUGGGUUGAAUGAUGAAAUAUGAAUUAUGAUACUUCAAGGUGCCAUUUCAUGUCUUAAAAGUUAAAGGGAGAGUCACUGUCAUUAUUUAUUCAUCCAAAUGUCAUUCCAAACCUGUAUGAUGUCAUUUCCAGGAACAAAUAAGCCAAUUUUUUGUUUCAUAUAUAUAGCUAUUGUAUGAUUUAAAGGGAUAGUUCAUCUAAAAAUAAAAAUUCUGUCAUUAAUAACUCACCCUUGUGUCGUUCCAAACCUGUAAGACAUUCGUUCAUCUUCGGAGCACAAAUUUAGAUAUUUUUAAAGAAAUCCGAGAGCUUUCUGACCCUGCAUAGACAACAAUGCAACUGACACGUUCAAGGUAGUAAGGUUACAAAAAUAUUUUAUGACGACUUUAUUUAACACUCAACUUUCUAUGCAGGUCUGAAACCUCUCGGGUUUCAUUAAAAAUAUCUUAAUUUGUGUUCUAAUGAUGAACAAAGGUCUCAUGGGUUUGAAACGACAUCAGGGUGAGUAAUUAAUGACGUAAUUUUCAUUUUUGAGUGAACUAUCCCUUUAAAUCAUACAACCACUAUACUUCUAGGUUGGCUUAUGACAAAAACUACUGUGCACAAAUCAUUGUGCUACUAUUAUGAUUCUUUUAUAGUGCUUUUGUAUGUACUGUUUCUUUAAGACUGAUAUUGAAUGUACUGCAAGAUGUGAUAGCAUCAAUUGGGAAAUACUUGAAAAUGUAAAUACUGUAUUUUACAUAAUGUUCAUA